AUUGUUCACGACACACCACACAUGGCCCGACAUUCAAUGGGCCAGCCUGCAAAUUCCGAUUUGUCAAUACAUCUUGCUGAGAUGUCAGUCCACCAUUCUGUCCUCGCCUAAAGAUUGAUUAAAAAGAAAAGAAAAAUAACAUUGAUUGAUGUCCAAAUUCUGCGGCUGCCGAGAUGAAGAUUACGGACAGCGUGUUGCGAAGUUUUAGGGUUGCUAGGACAUUCCGGGAGAAUUCGCAGAAAGUCAACUGUGUGGACUACAGCUCGAACGGCGAGAGUGCAAUAUCUAGUAGCGACGACGACUCCAUUGUUUUAUAUGACUGUCAGGAGGGAAAACCAAUACGGACCCUGUACAGUAAGAAGUACGGAGUAGACCUUAUCCGGUAUACACAUGGGGAUGCCAACACAGUGGUCUACAGCUCCAACAAACUAGAUGAUACCAUCCGAUACCUGUCUCUCACUGACAACAAGUACAUCCGCUACUUCCCUGGGCACACUGAUAGGGUUGUUGCUCUCUCCAUGUCACCGGUGGAUGACACAUUUAUCUCUAGUUCCUUGGAUAUGACCAUACGACUCUGGGACCUGCGCUCUCCAAACUGUCAGGGUCUUACUAAUCCUUUGGGGAAGCCUGUUUGCUCCUAUGACCCCGAGGGCCUGAUAUUCGCUGCUGGGGUCGAUUCUGAGGCGAUUAAACUGUACGACCUCCGCUCCUUUGACAAGGGCCCAUUCGCCUCCUUUGAGACUCUGUUUAGCCGUGUUUGUGAGUGGACUGGACUGAAGUUCAGCAGGGACGGGAAGCAGAUUCUCAUCUCUACCAACGGGGGUGCUAUUCGGAUCCUAGAUGCCUUCAAUGGAUCCGUGCUGCACACUUUCUCAGGCUACAACAACAGUAAAGGCAUUUCAUUGGAGGCCUGCUUCACCCCAGACUCAGACUUUGUCAUGAUUGGUUCAGAGGAUGGGAGGGUCCAUGUGUGGAGUACAGAGAGUGGGAUGAAAAUAGCUGUUCUGGACGGGAAGCAUUCAGGACCAAUCAACACACUGCAGUUUAACCCUAAAUACAUGACGUUUGCCAGCGCCUGCUCCAAUAUGGCGUUCUGGCUUCCCUGUGUAGGAGACUGAUAAAGGUGUGGGACCACAGAGACAAACUGUCCUCAACAUUACCCAGGAUGCCUUCCUCUUUUCAUGUUGCUGAGUAUACAGAGACCGAACACUACUCUUAACGGCUCCAUAUGAAAUUGUAGGCACAUUAAGGCAUUGGUGAAAGGGAUUCCACUGACGAUUAACCACGAGGAGAACUGUCACUCUGUAAACUGAUUUAUUUGCCAAAUGGGGAAGGUUACAUGAGGGAAUCACUAGAGCUGUGGGAGACAGUAGUUAUUGUCCACUGUGAUAGGUGCUUAUUGAAAAGUUUUUAUGAGUAGAGAAUACCUGUGGUGUACUACUGACAAACACUUGUUUUUAUAUAUUUAGUUUUUUUCAACUGUGAUUCUGAGCACGGUGCUACAAUGUAUUAAUUAGCAGACAAUUAUGACCUUUUAACUUUUUAAGACAGUGACAACUCCAAUCAAGUAUGCAUUUUAACUGCGGAGACACGUUUUAUUGGGAAUUCAAUAUUUGUUUUAUUUUGUACUGUUUAUUCAGAAAGUAUUAAAGUGUUUUACGUCUAAUGUA